GCCAGUCAGUACCAGCAGCACCUGCAGGAGCUGAAGAGGAAAGCGGGACAGAGCGUGUAUGACAGUGGCAUCGAUGAGCUGGAGAGUGCCAGCACGUCCCCAGGCAGCAGCCUCAGCUCCAGUGAGGAGCACCUCAACACUCCAGCUGACACUUACCCCACCAAAGCAAAGCUUGGAGACACGCAGGAGCUGGAGGAGUUCAUCGCAGACCUGGAUAAAGCCUUGCAGGAGAUGUGAGCUGUGCUGUGGAGAGGAGCAGCCCCAGCCCCGAGCGUCCCCGGUGCCACCUCUGCUUCUGCACCCCUGGCUGGGGACAGGGACGGGCAGCGGGGUGUGGGAUGAUGGCACAGCCCUGCCAGCGCCAGGAGGGGACAGCUCUGCGCAGGCUCCGGGGACUUUGGGGUGACCUGGGCCACUGCUGAAGCCCCCAGAGUGAUUCUGGGGAAGAUGAUCUUGCAGGACAUCGAUGUGACCUCGGUGUCCCCCCCAGGCCGGGAGGGCCCAUCCUUGGUGGCAUCUGCCACUGCUGAGCUCUGCUUUGCAUGGGGAGCCCCAAGUUGGGCUCCUCUCUGCCCCCCAAGUGCCUCUGCCCCAGCUGCUGCUGUAAAUACUGUAAAAACGAUGUUUUGUGCUGUACAGAGGGGACGUGGUUCUGGAAACAAGAUUUUAAACCUC